AGUACUCCAAUAGGCACCCGUGGGAAUAAGCUCACAUCCAAUCCCCAGGCUGCCCGUUGAUUCAAUCUUACUCAUUUUGGGAAUAUCGAUCCGGUUUGAUCAAUAUACGGACACCUUUCGAUAAACUUCGCGCCCUCCGCAGCAUCCUAUCUCGCUUUUUAUUAGCCGGAUAAGAUGGUAAUAACGCAACUGACGUCCCCUGCGGUUCAUUCAUAAGUGGUGACAAGUCGUCCUCUGGCCCUGGAUGUGCGACAGGUCGGGCGAACAGGACGAGCUGCGGGAGGAAUACAAAUUGUACUUGUGUGUGAGAAAACGUCCGGCGAAGGACCAUGAGUCAGGCCGCCGAUGUGGAGCGUUAAAACCGAGAAGAUUUAGUGUUUUCCCGCUGUCCACCACCAGCUAAAGUGAGGGUCCAAAGACUUUAAGCAGCGUGUGUGUAUGUGUGUGUGUGUGUGUGUGAGCUGAAGUCAAACAGAGGGAUGACAGUCAAACUGGACUUCGAGGAGUGUUUGAAAGACUCCCCGCGCUUCAGAGCGGAUAUCGAAGUCGUCCAAAACGAUGUGAGCGAACUUGAGACAAGACUAGACAAGCUUGUGAAACAAUGCCAGGCCAUGCUGGAGGCAGGCAGAGUCUACUGCCAGACCAGCAAGAGCUUUGUCAACGGCCUCCGGGAGCUGGGACCCCAGUGCUCCGGGGACAAUAUGAUGGAGGAGUGUUUGGGCACAUUUUCCAAAAAGCUGUCUAUUAUCUUGGAGGCGCAGGGGGAAGUGAUUGAGACCACACAGAAGUCAGUCAAGACAAAGCUGCAGACCUUUGUGAAAGAAGAUGUUCGUCGGUUCAAAGAUGUGCGCAAGGAGUUUGAGCGCAGCAGUGAAACCCUGGAGGGGGCGCUGGCCAGAAAUGCUCAGGCGCCACGGGGGAAGCAACAUGAAGUGGAGGAGGCGAGUCAUGCUCUGCUCAACGCACGCAGGACCUUUCGGUCUGAGGCCUUGGACUAUGUCCUGGAGAUUAAUGUCAUUGAGGCCAAGAAGAAGACAGACAUUCUGAUGGCAAUGUUGUCGCUGAUGGAGGCCCAGGCACAGUUCUUCCAACUAGGUCACCAGUCACUGUCAGAACUGGACGACUAUCGACGGAAACUGAAUGAAGAGCACACUCAGUUCGUCCUGAACUCGGCCAGAGAGAAGAGGGACAUGGAGCAAAGACAUGCUGCCGUCAAGAAAAAGGAUGUGUCCUACGAUGACUCCAUCAUGGAUUUCAAUGCUGAUGCAGCUAAUGGGAUCGCCAUGGAAGGAUACCUCUAUAAGAGAGCCAGCAACGCCUUCAAGACCUGGAGCAGACGCUGGUUUUCAAUUCAAAAAAAUCAGCUGGUGUAUCAGAAGAAAUUCAAGGACCAGCCCACAGUUGUCGUGGAGGAUUUGCGUCUUUGCACAGUCAAGCCCAGCUCCGAAAACGAGAGACGGUUCUGCUUUGAAGUGGUCUCCCCGUCAAAGUGUUGUCUGUUGCAGGCGGACUCAGAAAGACAGCAGCAAGCAUGGAUCAGUGCCGUCCAAAACAGCAUCGCCUCAGCCUUCCAGGAGCGCAGAGAGGACCCACACAGCCCAAGACAGCGCUGCAGCUCGAUGUCGACGAGCACUUUGGCAAGCGGGGGAGGAGGAGGAGGCGCAGAUCAGGAGAGCGAGGGCUACAAGGCGCUGGAGGAGGUUCAGGCGAUCCCGGGGAACCGGCAGUGCUGCGACUGCGGAGAGCCCGGUCCUGAUUGGGCCUCCAUCAACCUGGGCAUCACACUUUGUAUUGUCUGCUCAGGGAUACACAGGAGCCUGGGAGUCCAUUUCUCCAAAGUGCGCUCCCUGACUCUGGACUCCUGGGAGCCAGAGCUCAUUAAGUUGAUGUGUGAACUAGGAAACACAGUAAUCAACAGGAUCUACGAGGCCCGGAUCGAUGAGAUCACCAUCAAGAAGCCACAUCCGUCCAGUCCCAGAGGAGACAAGGAGUCUUGGAUAAAAUCAAAGUACGUUGAAAAGAAGUUCAUCCAAAAGCUGCCAGAGACCGGACGAAACCCCCCGCUGAGGCGAUCCAGCGCCAGGAGGAACCGGGCGGCCACGCAGGAGCGGACCGUACAGCGGCCGCCGCUCAAGCCCAAACCGAACCGAGCCACUCUGCCUCGGGUCACAGGGCUGAGCCCCUGUGACCUUGUCCAAAAGAACAAUACAAGCUUUUACAAAGAUGUGGACGAGGAAGAGGAGGAUCUGAGCGGACUUCACCCGGGAGCGCUGUUGUACCGAUCAGCGGCCCUGCAGAACUUCCCAGUCAUGGCCGACGCUUUGGCUCACGGCGCCGACGUCAACUGGGUCAAUGUGGCUGAGGAGUCCAGCACACCGCUGAUACAGGCCGUCUCAGCGAACGCCCUGGCAGCCUGUGAGUUCCUGCUGCAGAACAGCGCCAACGUCAACCAGGUCGACAGCAACGGGAGAGGACCGCUGCACCACGCCACCAUCCUGGGUCACACUGGGUUGGUUUGUCUGUUCUUGAAGCGAGGUGCGGACUACAACGCCAGAGACAAGAACCAGAAAGACCCUAUAACUAUCGCCGUGGACAACGCCAACGCCGACAUCGUCACCCUGCUGCGGAUUGCCAAAAUGAACAAGGAGAUGCGGGAGAUGGAUGGAGCAUUUGGCCAAUCAGGUGAUGAAACCUACCAGGACAUCUUCAGAGACUUUUCACACAUGGCCUCAAACAACCCCGAGAAGCUCAAACGCCGCAGCGCGGACCCCAAAUCUUAACCAGCUGUUCCUCAACCUGUUGUACAAUGCUACAUUUCACAUUUCAGCCGGACAUACUUGGAAAACACAUACAUGCUAGCAUUCAGCUCACAGGCACGCGCACACACA